UCUAAACAUUAAAUUCAAAAUACAACAAAUACAAAAGCAAAACAUUCACAUACAAGUAUAGGAAAAUAAUUAGAAUUUAGAACGUCGCAUGCUAAGCAAAAAUAAACUUUAUAUAUAUGCCUAUAUAUAGAUAUAGAAAACCAACUACAGAAACCACAACAGCAACAAAAAGAGAACAGAAAACAAGCUGAAACCAAAAUGUUAAAAGGUAUUACGAAACAAAGAAACUAAACAAGAAACGCACUAAACCCGAAUAUAAGGUGAAGAGGAGAGGAGAGGAACUGCUCAUAACGUAAUUGCAAUUACAAAUUCUACCAAACUAUGUACUUUAGAAUGAAAUAAUUAAGCAGAAUGUACUCAAGAAGAACUUUAACUGGGACAGUGUGUGAAAGGAAACAAUAACUAUUAGGAGUUUAGAGCGAGAGAGCUACAGUUACGGAUAUAGCGAAAGAGAGCGAGAGGGUAGAGGAAGAGAGAGAGAGAGAGAGAGCGAUUGAAUGAGCGUGUACCAACAGCAGUAGCAGCAAAAAACUAAAACUUAAUCUAAGCUAAGUUAUAAAGUGUUGAGUAGAAACAACAACAUCUGUAGCGCAACUACAGUUACAACAAUAACAAAAACAACAACAAUAACAACACAGGAGUAACAAGUCAGACACAAUAACAAUAACAACAACCAACAAUCAAACACCGUAAAUAGCCAACACACAAGAGAGUAACAUCAAUCGAUUCCCCAUUUAAAACACGGCAUUUAUUCAUACAUACAUUCGAACUUCAUUGGAUCCUCAAAGACGAUCACCCCUCUCCCCUCCAAAAACGAUGAAUGCUCGCUCGCAAGUCUUCGAUCUGACCAUGGAGGGUCGCCAGGUGGACGAAGCCGUGGCCAGCAUCUUUCACACGGUGCUCUUUCAUCGCUGCCUCGGAAAGUAUAUGUACACAGGAGAUACCCAGUAUUCAAUUGGCACGGUCGGCUACACCGAUGUGGACUGCGAUUUCAUCGACUUUACAUACGUCUGCUGCACCUCAGAUAGCCUCACGCGGAAGGUGAAGCGAGCCAUUAAUUUGUUUAGCGAGAAAUUGCGCUCCAACGAGAGCUGUGGCUCCGGACAAAUAAGCUUGGAGUUCUUUCAAAAAAAGAAGAAUCGCUGGCCCUUUCAACAGGAGUCCAUACCCUGGGAGGUGUGGACAGUGCAUCUCGAUCUGAUCAAGCACGAGAGCGAGGAUGAGCGCCAGCUUUGUCGCGAGAAUGUUUCAGAUCUGCUAACCGAGAAGGUUAUCUAUAUAACAGAGCUGAUGAACCGACACGACUACGUGCCGAAGACUCCUAGCCAGAGCGAGUUGGAUCUGAUUUUUGAUACCUCGUUUCCGGAUGUGCAGCCCUACUUGUUCAAAUUUGAUUACUCCACCUCGGGUUCGACGGCACCCUCCAUGGGUAAUGCCAUGAAGAAGAUCAUCAAGGAGACGCUUGCAAUGUGACUGGCUGGACCUAGACCUAGCCUCAACUUUGACCACCCGAGUGGGGUGACGCCAAUGCGUGUUACUCGUGUUUUCAUUUCUGUUACUCCUAAUUUUGUUUGCCUAGUGAUAAGUGAUAAAGUUAUACACCCCAUAAGAACAUAUUUAUUAUUAUAUGGACUAGUAUUGCUUUAUUUGUGUUUCAAAAUGCCGCCAAAUUAGUGGCUAAUUAAGCAACUUGUUCCCUUCUGAUUACAUACAUGCAUAUAAAUCUUUAGUUUAACAUCCUGUAUAUAUAUAUAUAUAUAUAAAUAGUUAAGAUAGAUAUACAUAUAUGUAUCUAGGUUUAACAUUAACCCUUAAGUGCAAGUGAAAUUCAAACGAUCUGUCCCAUCGUACACAAACUAGUUGCUUUACUAAUAAUCAUACAGACUACAUACAUAUGUACACACACACACACACACCCACACACACACCCACAGCCACUCACACUCACAAACAAAGAAACACACACCACUACCACCUACAAAUAUGAUGCUUAAAGCUUGUUCAUGCAUAUAUAUCUGAAUAGAAACUUAAAACUGAAUAAUUUAUUAUAUGUGUAGAGGCGUAAAAAAAAACAAAAACAAAACAAAAGCAUUGCUAUUAGUUCUUAAUUUCUUUUCUUGUAAUUAAAGAGUGUAUGUGGAUGCGUCUGUGUGUGAGCGAGUGUGUGUGUGGUUGUGGCUAGAUAAGUUAUUGUUAUCUGGAAUAUAGGGCACGACAAGCUUUCAUCUGAAUAGAUCUUAGGGCGUGGAAAUUUGCUUGGUAUGGCGCAUGCACUGCGAUUUCUAUAGUCCGUUCUCUCUAUUUGUGCGUACCUCCCCACCCCGAACCCCUAGAAAACUGCCCGGGGCCCCAGAGCACAUGGUUUAUUAGUAAUUUUCGUUUAUUAUGUGUGUGGAAAUAUAUUUGAUUAUUGAUAACCCUAAGCCUUAGAGUUCUAAAUACCUGCAAUCAAAAAAGUGAAACAAGCAAAAUACAAUUUUAUUAUUAUACCUACAACUUGCACAUACGUACGAUAUAUAUAUAUAUUUAACUAUGUGUAUAUAUGUAUGGACCAAUCGAUAAACACCAAGUUUUAUUUGUAACCUAAACAUAGGUAUAUAACCAAUCAUACUUAUACGAGUAAUGACAGAAACUGAAACUAAUUUUAGUGAGCGAAAAAAUGGAAACUGAACUAAGUAGUACUGGAUCAGAGCAAGCAUACGACAAAACAAAAUCAUCUAUAUAGAAGAGCACAUUUAUUGUGGGAAACCCCACCAGAAACCAAAUCCCAACACAAAACAACCAACAACCCCUUCAAAUAUCCCCCUGUUCCAAUGUAAACUAAGGCACUCAAUGGAUUUUAAUUUAGGAUUUCUUUUUAAGGAUAUGAGAGUGGAACGAACUUGUAACAUCAUUUUAAAUUAUCAAUGUAAACUAUUCGAAAACUAACAUCAACAAUCUAUCUAUAUAGCUAUGUAAAGAGGAUCAUAGGGAUUCGUAAAUCUACAUAUUAAAUGGCCAUACUACAAGAUUAAAUUGGCGUUCGACUUCAAGUAUGUGUGUGAAGAUGUUAAGUAGCUCAGAAGAUUACAAAUGAGCUGAUCAAAUGAGAUGAAGACGAUGAAAUGUUGUAAAUAGUUGUAUAUGUUAAGGAGCAAUUAUUAUGAGGACGAUCAGAUGAUUAUGAUUAUAUGAAAAGGCAUCGAAAACGCUGCCCCGGGCAUUUCCAUGAAGUGCAGUAGCCUAAUUAAACUAGAAAACAAUAAACAAACACCUGUAAACACCUGUAAGCUGUAAGAACAGUCCAUUCGAGACAAAUGUAAAAAAUAUAACCCAUCAAGAUGUAACUAAUGUGUAUGUAACUGAAUGAGGAUCGACAGGAGGAGCAGAAGGAGCAAGCUUGAAGGAGAGGGAGAGAGAUUGUGUUGUUUCAGCAUGGAAGCGUACAAUAUAUAGCAAAAAUAUAUAUACAUCUAUAUAUAGAUAUAUAGUAUGUAUAUCUGUAUAUUUAUAGGAAAAGAGCAGGAGAGUGGGAGGGAAUGCACAGAGGCAGAGGGAGACGCAGCUGAAAAAAUGCAAGCAAAUGAAAAUUGUAUGUAUAAAUAUUAUUGUGAUUGUACUUGUAGUGAUUAAACAUAUAAAUGUAGAGAACGUACACCCUAUCUAUUUAUGUGUGUAUAUUACGAUGUGUCCACGCUGUACUUUGUAAAUGAUCGAUGUAAAUUACAAUUUAAAUUACUGUUGUAAAAUCGAAAUUAAGCAGAAAUAAAAACGGAACGAAAUUUCAAAAAGUUA